AUGGCGAUGGCGGGCGACCGCGGAGCUCCAGAAGAGUUUUGGAAUAGCCAUUUGCGGCCAGAGAUUGAUGAAGAACCCAAGAAUGUUUCUCAGGAGGCAGGGCAAAAUAACUCAAGUGGAGUAUCAGAUCUUAGCAUCCAUCAAGCUCGGAAAUCACAGCUUGAACAAAUGUUAAAACAUAUGACAUUUACUAGGUCUGAAACCCUGUACUUGAUAGCAUUGUUGCAUUCAAGAACCAUUGAGGAGUCACCUUCUGAUAACUUCCUUGCUGCUACUAAAUUUUCAAGAAUUGCUUCACCUGCUGAUGCCAACAAAGGUAGCACCAUGGGCACUGGCCCAAUAGCAUUGAGACAAGACUCAAAGUUUAUUAACAAAAAUGCAACAAUGAUGGGUUCACCACAACAACCAACGACUAUUGAGAACCUCCCAAACGAGCUUUUGGUAAAUAUAUUCAUUCGCUUACUGGCCAAACAGCUUGCUCAAAUGAGAUCCAUCUCUAAAUCUUGGAAUUCCCUAUUAUCUAAAUCCUCCUUUGUAAGAACCCAACUCAAUCAUUCCAUCUAUAACCAAGAUAAAACUCUCUUUCACUUCUCUGAUGACCAUUAUUAUGGCUUCAAACUCUCGGUCAACCCCAAUCCCCAACUCAUUAGUUUCAUCAAACUUCCACCUAACCCCGAAUCUCCACAUACAAGCAUCAGAGUUAUUGAUUCUGUCAACGGCUUAAUAUGCUCUUCUUACAGUGAUACGGUCAUUCAGAUUUGGAACCCUUCUCUCUCCACUGUGUUAACUCUUCCGCCAUAUUUCAUGCCCUGCAGUGCUUAUGAUUCAAUCAAAAUCUUAUUCCGGUUUGGGUUUGAUCCAAAAACUGAUGAUUACAAAGUUGUGAAGCUUACAGCCUAUGCUGGUGGAUCCUGUGUUGUAUGGUGGAUGGAUGUUGAGAUCUAUAGCAUGAAAAAGGGUUCCUGGAAGUUAAUUACCGAAAGGUUUCCAUCACACAUCACAUGGAUUGAUGAGAACGAAGUCGUUUGUGCGGAUGGACAUGAUGGGUAUCUUCAUUGGCUUGGUUAUAUUACUGAGGAGAUGAAUUUGAAAACGAUAGUGGCGUUUGAUUUGGGUUCAGAGACAUUCCGUGAGAUACCUUUUCCAGAUUCUAUAGUAGCUUCUGAAUAUGGCCGAUUUGAUGCUUUAGGAGUUUUGGGGGGAAAGCUUUGUGUGAUGUCAUGGGAUGAGGAUGUUGGAUGUGAGGUGUGGGUGAUGGAGGAGUAUGGAUGGGUCAAACGCCAUGUCUUUUCACAGUUUAUUGGUGAUAUGUAUCCGUUUGGAUUCACAUCAGCCAACAAGUUUCUUAUUCAAGAUCAGUAUUCUCGUCUUGUUUUGUAUGAUCCAGUUACAGAAGAGGCUCAGAUUUUGAAGAAUGAUUUUUCGUAUGCAGAAUAUGAAGCAGGUAAAAUCGUGGAGUACGUCGAUAGUCUUGUUUGGGUAGCACCUGUUAAGUGUGAGAUAGUGGAUGCUUGAGGUUGUGUUUGAUUUUCUCAGCAUUUUUUAAUAGGUUUAAAAACUUAAAUUUCAUUUUUGUUACCUAUUGCAUACGGAGUGACAUUGACAGAUUUGUUGCUGAUGUGGAUUAUGACAUUGCAACAUAUUUGAUUUUUUUUUUUAUGUUGAGUUGAUUCAUGAAAUCUGCUCAAAAUCCAUAUGUUGGUUUGUAU